GUGGGAAUGCAACGGAUGCCAUGGCCGUUGCCGCUUCUCCCGUGGCCUGUGCUAGUGCCUGCGCAUGGGGCGCAUGGGGCGCAUGGGGUGCAUGGGGUCAGGGACAGUUUGUUGGCACGGGAUUCCAUUGAAAGCGUCCAAGAGUGGCAUGACAGCCUGGCCGAUGAAACAGCUGCACUGAGAGAUAUCUCUUCAGAUGUUUGUUGGCAUGCUGGCUUCACCAAAGAACGAUGUUGCCGUGGUGAUCCUUCAACAACAAAGGAUUGCUGGGAUGGCAGCUACAGUUUCGGAGAAUGUUGCCCAAAUGCUGACUGCUGGAUGGGUGAGACCUUCACCUAUGAUUUUUGUUGUGCUGAUAGGCAUGGCCCAGAAGGCAAUCAAGCCUGUUGGAGUGGAGAUUUUACACACCAGCUGUGCUGCUUAGCGAAUGCAACCUCGAAUAGUUGGGCAGAUAUCUUGGCAUCCGAGAUUGAAACCGAACAGUUCUACCAAAUGGACGACUUCUACACAGAUGCACAAUACGGUGACGAGUGGGGCUACUACUCCAAGGGGCAUGUCUUGCUGGGUGGCGGUAAAGGUGGCCAAGGUCAAGAGCAAACUCAGCAGUUUGCCCACUUUACAACUUAUCCCAUGGCCCUCUCGCCCCAUUUUGCCAGAGUUUUUUGUCGGCUCCUCUUCAUUAUGUGGGUUCAGUUGCACGAGCGCGCCCCUUUCCGAGUGGUGGAAAUGGGUGCAGGUUCUGGGCAGUUGGCAUAUGACACGCAGCAGUGUGUCCGGACCAAUGCCCUGGGCCUUGCGCCAGCUGUGUGGCGGAGAUGGGCUGCGGCAUUCGAGUACACCAUCAUGGAGAGGUCUCCAGCCCUGCGAAAGCGGCAGCAGUCCAGAGGGCUGCGAUCAGUGGCGGGAGAUGCGCAAUCGACGGGCAGCUGCAAGUCAGUGCUUGCUGCUUUGGCGGCAUCUGCUGCAUGCACAGGCGGAGAGGGUGUUGAUGCUCUUGACGCUCCAGAAUGCAGAGCCAAUGAAAGAGGCACUGCAGAAGCUGGAGCAUCCGUGGUUCUGUCCAACGAGUUGCUGGAUGCCUUCGCUCCAGUGAAACUGCGGUUCUCUUUAUAUGGGAAGCCAAACAUUACGAGCUGCCGAUCUUGGCAGGAGGUCCGUUUGGUGCAUACCAUCACUCAGGAGAAGCUGAGAACUCUGCUGCACGUUCUGGGCUACUCAGAGGACGCAGCAGAGGGGACCAUCUCCCAAGUGCAGGGCUGGACUGAUGCGACCUUUUGCGCAAUGGCAAACACCACCAUUGGGCUGGAGGUCCAGCAGCAGGUUGCCGCGAACACCUCCUGCUUAGCCAUCACUUUCAGUCUCAGCGAAUUGGUGAACCAUUUAGAUUUGGGAGUUCCCUUUGCGUCGCACAAUAUGCGGAUGCGGAUCAGGAAAGACACCAAGCUGUCCGACCGGCUGCGCCUAAUCACUGAGCGGCUCAAUCGUGAGUUGGAGACAUCUGUCGCUUUACCCCGUGAUGUCUACCGACAGGUCCGGCAUCAGCUCCGUGACGUGCCAGAUCUUGAGGCUGACUUUUUGCAUUCUGUCCAGACUCAUCUUUUCCCUGUAUCCAUCACAAAGGAAAGGUGUGAUGACUUGGAGUGGUGGUUCAAAGCCCACGAAGCAAGAAUCGCCAAGCUGGCUCUCUUCUAUCGUGGAUUGGGAUACCCUGCCCUGCAUUUGGUGGUCCGGCCUGGCGAGGAUAAUUUCAUUGACUUGGUGGAUUGCCUGCUGGGCCCUACAGGUGGAUUUAAGCUGAGCCUAGACUACGGAGCCAACUUCGAGGGGCUCGCCCACAGCCUCAGCGUGGACGGUGACAAUGAUGGGAUUUUUGUACCUCCAAUCCCGCAUGAACUGAUGGAAGGCCUGCCCGAGUGCCAUAACCUUUGGCCAAAGUGUGCCGGGCGAAUAGACUGGACCACCUUCGUUGACUUCACGAACCUGGCUGCGGCGGGCGAACGCCGUGGUUGGCGGACAGUGUUCUAUGGCCCACAGAACCUCCUGGAGCAAGUCAGUCGGCUAAAUCUCACUCUGAAUGGCAAUUCUUACUCUGUUCCUGGCUAUGCUGUGCUGCAACAAGAUGGCUGGGUAUCCAGACAUGUCAAGGGCUGGUACGGUCGUGAGAGCGACAUGGAUGGGACGGGUGUGCAGAGGUGGACAUCUUUCAAAGCGUUGCUGCUUGAGAAGCCUUCUGCCAAAGAAGCUCAGUCACCAAUCCUUUUCCCGUCUUGGCACCUGGACACCCGACUAACAGAUCCCUGCUGGAGCUUCGAUCCUUCGACCGUACCCUUAGCAGACUGGAUCCCACGACAAGGGAAGGAUUCACAUGAUGCCUUGACCAAGCUCACAGAUGAGAUCAACCAAAAGUUGGGCCGCCAGUAUGCUGAGGGCUACGAAGAAGCUCAGUUGGCUGUCCGCCUGGUCGAUUUCCUGGUGGCUAAGUCUGGUUGCGACGCGGUCCGUCCGGCCACAGUAGCUGCAAUCCUGGAACGGCCCGGCAAGUGGGAAGUGUUGAGAAGACGCUUGCUGAAUAAGUGGGGUGAGAUGUGGGGCGAGGAGACCGUCACUCGAGUUGCUCGUGGAAUCCUUGAGCGCCUUGCAUCCGGAGAAGAGGAGGAAGCGACGUGGCCGUUUGCAUGCGCCGGCCAGCAGGCAGCCAUGCUCCUGUGUGCUACGCCAGGUGGUGCCAGCAAAGCUGGGAGCCGACUGUAGGAAAUGCUGACAGAUGCUGACAGAUGCUGACAGCGUUCAGAUUGUUGGCCUUUUGUGGUGCAGUCUCACUGCCUGGCAUAAAGGCAAGUGCCACGGGUGCAAAAAAUGAAGCAAAAAACGCU